GCUGAAUUGAAUCAUACCUGCUCCAAAAGAAAGUUCACUAUUCUGUAAUCUAGAUGGACCUCUUACAUGGGGACUAUCGGAAUUGAAGAAGCUCUCUUGAGGCAACGACCCAUAUUCUUAAUCUUAUGUAACCCUAAGGAAGAAGCUAAACUUGGUGAAGCUGAUCGAGAAGAACGCAACAUGACUUCCGCAAACCCUGAUUUGUUAAGCUUUGAAGAAACUAAGCCUUCUUAUCCUCAACUAGGAUUAGGACUUCCAGGUGUGAAAUCCUUGUUGUUAAAGAGCUUCUUUUUAUCCUUGAAGUUAGCAGCUAGAUUGAAAUCCACUGGAGAGUCAUCUUUCUUGGAUGCAAAACCGACUUCGCCUUUUCCUUAUCAGUUUGGAUUGAAGAAUUCGACCAGACAGAGCAUAGGCUAUUGAAUGGGAGGAUCCAUCUGUCCGGGAAGCAUCGUGUUCAGGAAGAGAAAAUAUCGACCUUUGAACAUUAUCCUCGGCUGAAGGGUCUGCUAGGUCUCUAAGAGUUCUAAGCAUUACGAAGAUCAGAUGACAGUGGAC